AUGUCCCGGCACAUCUACACCCGACACGGGAUAGGAGACGGGCUGCAGAAGCCCGUGUUUCAGGGAAACAGGGGGACUUACUCCAGGCGCAGCCGACUGAAGAGGUCCGACGGCAGCACCACCUCUACCAGCUUCAUCCUCAGACAGGGCUCAGCUGAUUCCUACACAAGCCGACCGUCUGACUCGGAUGUGUCCCUGGAGGAGGAGAAGGAGGGUGGCCGGCAGGAGAAGGAGCAGCAGGCUACUGUUCAGCUCGAGAGGGCAAAGACUAAAGCGGUGGCAUUCGCUGUGAGGACCAAUGUCAGCUACUGUGGUGCGUUGGAUGAGGAUGUUCCUGUGGCCGGCACUGCAGUCUCCUUUGAUGCCAAGGACUUCCUCCACAUCAAAGAGAAGUACAACAACGACUGGUGGAUUGGCCGCCUGGUGAAGGAAGGCUGCGACAUCGGCUUCAUCCCGAGCCCUCUAAAGCUGGAAAAUAUCCGACUCCAGCAGGAACAGAAGAGAGGACGCUUCCAUGGCAGUAAAUCCAGUGGAAAUUCCUCCUCUAGUCUGGGUGAAAUGGUGUCGGGCACAUUCAAGCCAAACCCCAACUCUGCAGGAAAGCAGAAACAGAAAGUGGCUGAGCACAUCCCUCCAUAUGAUGUGGUUCCCUCCAUGAGGCCAGUUGUCUUGGUUGGACCGUCCCUGAAAGGUUAUGAGGUGACAGAUAUGAUGCAGAAGGCGCUGUUUGACUUCUUGAAGCACAGAUUUGAUGGGAGAAUCUCCAUCACAAGGGUAACAGCUGACAUAUCGUUGGCCAAGAGGUCAGUACUAAACAACCCCAGUAAGAGGGCCAUCAUUGAGAGAUCCAACACCCGCUCCAGCCUUGCGGAGGUCCAGAGUGAGAUAGAAAGGAUCUUUGAGCUGGCCAGGUCUCUACAGCUGGUGGUGUUGGAUGCAGACACCAUUAACCAUCCAGCACAGCUCAUCAAGACCUCAUUAGCACCCAUUAUCGUCCAUGUUAAAGUGUCCUCACCUAAGGUCCUCCAGCGGCUGAUCAAAUCAAGAGGGAAAUCUCAAAGCAAACACUUGAAUGUGCAGCUUGUUGCAGCUGAAAAACUAGCACAGUGUCCUUCUGAGAUGUUUGAUAUUAUUCUGGAUGAGAACCAGCUGGAAGAUGCAUGUGAACAUCUGGCAGAGUACCUGGAGGCGUACUGGCGUGCUACACACACUUCACUUAGCACGCCACUCAACCCCCUGCUAGGACGCAAUCUGGGCUCCACUGCUCUCUCACCGUAUCCUGCUGCCAUUCAGGCUCAGAGAAACCGGAAUAGCAACCACACAACAACAGACCAUUCACCUGUUGAACGUCGCAGUCUGAUGCCUGCUGAUGAGAACUACCACAACGAACGGGCACGGAAGAAUCGCAACCGACUGUCCUCGGGCUCACAGCACAGCCGAGACCACUCGCCUCUGGUGGAGGAAGACUACCAGGACCCCUACCAGGACUCUUACAAGCCUCAUCGUAACCGAGGAUCGCCAGGAGGCUACAGCCAGGAGUCCAGGCACCGGCUCUGAGCUGUGACCUGCUGUAAACAAAGUCUAGGCUGGUCUGUCUUUAAGCAACCACCAUGGACCUAAGAUUUGAGGCAACUUUACUGUAACAUGAUGAAACAACUACACUCAUUUGGACUGUAACAACCCCGCACUGAUGUGUAGUACCUCAUAUUCCAUUUGGCCUUGGCUUCUGCCAAAUGGGCAUUUGAACCUAAAAAAAAAAAACAAAAAAAAAAACCUGCUCUUGCUUUGAUGUGAACAAGGGAAGGAAUUGGAUAUGAAAGUAGCACAAGACCAGAA